AUGCCGAGAAGAAGUGGUAGGCGAAGCAAACAGACGGUGGAUGGGAGUACUGACCCUACCAACCGUGAACCUGAGGUUGAGAGGAACUCAGGGGUGAGUAAAAGAAAGACUAGAGAACCUAUAAAUCAGAAGGCGACGUCUGUGGGAGAGUCGAGUACUCCUCGAGCCAGAGUAGAUCCUCAGCUAGAGGAUAGGGUGUUUGAAAAUUUGCCCAAAGGAACUACUGACCCUGUAAAGGCGGAAAUAGGGUUGGACCAAAUAGAGAAAUGUUUCAAUGUGAUGAGCUGUCCAGAAGACCGUAAGGUAGUAUCCACUAGGCAGAAUAGUUCAAGUGCUUUGUUGUGGCCUGAAUUUAGGAAGGCUUUUGAAGACAAAUAUUAUCCUAGUUCUUUUCGAGAGGCGAAAAAAGAUGAGUUCCUUAGGUUGGUUCAAGGAACAUUGACAGUGACAGAGUAUGAACAGAAGUUCACUAAACUACCACAGUAUGCUCUUCCAAUUAUAGCGGAAGAAAAUGACCGGUGUAGAAGGUUUGAGAAUGUGUUGAGAAAGGAGAUUAGAACUCCAGUAACUUCUACAGCUAACUGGCUGGACUUUAACCAGCUAGUGGAGAUCGCUAUUCGAGUUGAGCAGAGUUUGGUAGAUGAUGAACAAGUACAGAAAGACCGAGCUAUGUCUGUAGGGCCAAGAGAUAGAGGAUUCCAACCCCCAGUUUCAGGGCAGUCAAGUAUGGGUAAGUCCAGAGGCGUGGAUUGGCAGAAGGCCAAGAGGAAGAGAUCCCAACCCUCGGCUAGUGUAGCUAGUCAGCCAGGCGUAGCACGUCUGGUGAGUCAGUCACCAGCACAGACCGGAAGCCCUUGUGCUAGAACUGUGGUGACGUCUCAGACUGUUAACCAGCCGAGAGGUGUUGGGAACAGAGAAGAAGGAUCAAAUGGUGCAAAGCUGAAGGGUUCUGCUUAUGUUUUAUUUGAUCCUGGUGCCACACAUUCCUUUGUAUCUAGCAUAUUUGCAUCACAUUUAGAUAGGUUGCCUGAGGGUAUGUCAGAGGAUUUGUAUAUCUCUACUCCUAUAGGAGAUGUAGUAGUAGUAAGCGAUUGGUAUAGAAGUUGUGAUGUGUUGUUUGAAGGCCAGGAUUUCUGUGUUGACUUAAUUCCCUUAGACUUGCUAGAGUUUGACUCAAUUCUGGGAAUGGAUUUUAUGGGUAAGUAUCAUGCUACUAUUGAUUGCUAUAAAAGGGAGGUGGCCUUCAGAAAACCAGGUAAGCAGGAAGAUGAAAAGUUGAAACCUGAAGAAGUACCAGUAGUUCAAGAGUUUCUAGAUGUAUUCCCUGAAAAGUUGUCAGGCUUGCCACCUGAUAGGGAUUUAGAAUUCGUUAUUGACCUAAUUCCAGGCAUGGCCUCUAUUUUAUACGCUUCGUAUAGAAUGGCGCCUGCUGAAUUAAAGGAACUGAAGGUGCAGUUACAAGAAUUGGUUGAUAAGGGUUAUGUUAGACCCAAUGUAUCGUCCUGGGGAGCUCCAGUUCUAUUUGAAAAGAAGAAAUAUGGUUCUUUCAGACUGUGUAUCGAUUAUAGGCAGUUAAAUAAGGUAACGAUUAGGAACAAAUAUCCAUUACCACGUAUUGAUGAUCUCUUUGUUCAGUUGAAGGGAGCUGCAGUAUUUUUUAAGGUAGAUCUGAGAUCGAAGGUACCAUCAGCUGAAAGUGAAAAAGAUGGAUGUCUCUAA